GGAUUUGUUCACAAAACAUUGUUUCUGAGUCCUGAAUGUAAUGUUCUGGAAUCGAUUGGGUACCGAGAAAGUAGUGUACUAGUUCGGCAGUUACCAAACGACGUGGAGCUGGCAACAACAUUUGCCUGCGUUUCAAGUAACUUAGUUGACUUGACUGCCUAUGGCGUUCACUCACCUUCAGAGGAUCAUCCCGAGUCGUUUUCUAGCAGCGUCUGACUGAAGUUACUCCGUGGUCUUUACUCUCACAGCUUCAUAGCAAGCCGUUGCUCACUACCUGAAGUGUUGGCAGUUUUGGGGAUCAUGGCCGGCAACAGCUAUCACAUGAAGUUCGAGCCGGUGGACUGGCACAAGGCGAACGAUUUUCUAGCCACCACUGCCAACAAGCAACGUGAUGCCAGCGAUCAGCUUCGUCAGCAGAGCACCACGCUGCGCAAUGCCACCGAGAAUCGCACGCAGUGGUCUCAGCACGACUCCAAGGCGGCGCUGCAGGACCGCGCCCGCGACGUGGACCGCUGGAAGCAGUCGUUGGAGACUUGCCUGGCGGAUACGGAGAGCGAGAUAGCUGCGCUGGAGAAGAGCAAAGACGAGACGGAGCAGUGCCUGAACGAGAAGGCAGUGCCACUCGACGUGGUCGUGGAGUGUCUCACCAUGCGAGAGAGUCGUGUUUCCAUUGAUCAAGUCAGAGAUGCUGUUGAAAUACAACUGCAUAAAGAGCUAGAGGUUGUUGAGGGCUGUAAAGCUCUUUUGGGACAGAAGCUGGCUGAAUCCUACAACCAACUAGGAGCAUUGCAGGAGGCUCGUCACCAACUGCAGCUAGACAUCGCCGACAAGUCAGCAGCACAUGGUCUGGAUUCGGAAUGCAUCAAGCUUGACCAUACGUCGGGUAAUAUAGGACUGUGGAGAAACUCGACUCGUGUUGAAAACGGAACGGUCACGCCGAAAACCUGGGACUCGUACUCAAACUACAACACCAUGCGUGCCCAAGCCGAGAUGAAAGCAUCUGUGUCGUUGCGCGAUGCCAUCAGUCACACCAUAGCACAGACAAACAUCGACCUGCAGGUGCAGCACCGUGCGACCAACAGCGCAUAUCGGCGGCGCCUGCACGAGAUGAAGCAGACCCGGGAGGAACUUGUCUGGCAGCAGAAGACAACGGCGGAUGAGCUGGCCAAGGUCGAGGCAGAGGUGAACAGCUUGGCGGACGCCCUCCACGCCAAGAACGCGCCGAUGAUGAUCGCGCAGACGCGCCUGGAGGCGCGCACCCAGCGCCCCGGCGUGGAGCUGUGUCGUGACGGUGCCCAGCAUAACCUGACCGGCGAAGUGGACAACCUGACCGGCACGAUGCGAGCACUGGCUAAGCAACACCGUGCUGCUUCAGAGGCACUGGAACGACUACAACGCACCCUGCAGCGCAUCAACAACGACAUUCGCAUCAAGGAGAACUCAAUGGGUCUCGACCUGCAGUGCAUGCAGACCCGGCAAGGCAAACUGACCGACUGCGACAGCUCCCUUGCCCAGGAGUUCUACGUCCCCCAGCAGCAGCAGUCGGAGGAGCAAGAGCAGCACGAGCAAGGCGGCAGCACACCGCGCAUGGACAGAGGGAUGAGCCACGAUAGUUCCCGUGCCAGCACUGCUCGCUCCAGCGCGACCACACUCAGCCAGAGCACAAUAAAUAGUCCAUGAUCAGAAGACUGGAGGAUAGCGGUCACUGUCAUGGUUGUGCACUGGUGUCAUGGCUACUGGCCUAUUGCUCGAGUACUGGCCAAUAGUCUGGCGUGCAGUUACGGUUCACCAGUAUGAAACACAAUGUACAUGAUUGUGUACUAUGCUCUUCACGCGCAGUCUGUUAAGCACACACACACACCUACAGCAAGCAGUGCAGACAUGAAGGCUACGCGUGGCCUCCUUUCUUGGACAUAAAGUCAUUGCCCCAAUGGCACCGCAACCAAGCAACUAUGAUCGUAUGCUCGUCCGUAACUUGGGCUAUUGAGUGCCGUCUGUUCUUUAUCCUCAUAGUAACUUAGGUAAUAGGUAGUGGUGUAGAGCAGUCCUGCUCUUCCGUAAUAACUUACUGAUUAUUGGCAAUGAUCAGUCUUGACUUCUAGAACAAAAUGAGCUGCGCACACAUUAAUAAAUAUUCUAGGAAUCAGUUUUGGCUUUCCUUAUGUUUUCUUUUUCAAUUUGUCAUAAUACCUGGGUCUGUUUCAACUGAUGAAGUACAUGUAACGUGCUACACAGCGCAUGCUUGUCUACUUCCAAGUACCGUAUUUUCGGAAUUAGUGCCAGUCUUUUAUUAACGCCUGUCUGAAAUAAGGUCCACAUCA